UUAGUUAGAUCGCAAAGUUCGGUAUGUCAACACGUGUCGUAGUUUUAAAAUGUAAACAAUUCAUGUGAAAAUGUCGAAAAUGACACUAUAUGUGUGUGUUUGUGUUGUUUUGUUUAUGAAUAGUGUUGUUUCGUAUUCGUUUGUGAAUGAAUUAGAGACAGACCAACAUCCACACAGACAUUGUACACAUGAACACCCCAAAGAAGACCAAGUAAUACGGGGUGUUCAUAUAGAACCAGCUCAUUUAGUAAAGAAACGAAGUAUAGACCAACCAUUAAGGAUAAGUAUAGUUUAUGACCACUCUGUAUAUAGAUUAGAACAAGAGAAAUUUGAAAUGAUAAAUAAUACAAUACUACCAGAUGCUGUGAAGUUCUGGGAACAAGCUUUAAAAGUGAGGAAAACCGGGGGACCAAUUAGACUUAAUAGAAAAUGCCCAACGCGUCAAGUUUUCAUCAGAAACGGUCGAUCACAUUGUAUCGACUCAUGCAGUGCUGAAACUAUGUGUGGAGAGGUUCGGGUGCCAGAAGAACAUUUAAAUCCCUGCCAUGUUUGCAAUAGUACGGGACAUCUUUGCCGGGAAUUACCACGGUAUCCUGACGAGGUGACAACCACUGAAUUCAGUGAUAAUGCACUGGACAGUGCCGAGACGGAAACGGCAGCUCCACAAGAAGAGUCAAUAGGUAUAGAAAACACAGAUUUCGUGUUAUAUGUAAGUGCAGUCGAAACUGAGAGGUGUAGGCGUGGUCUUACCGUCGCCUACGCAUCGCAUUGUCAACAAGAAUCAGCGCUGGACAGACCAGUAGCUGGUCACGCCAAUUUCUGCCCCGGCGAGCUAUCAACCCGCUACAGGGACUUACCACACGUGCUGUCAACUGUCAAACACGAAAUGCUACACGCGCUAGGAUUUAGCGUGUCCCUCUUCGGGUUUUACAGAGAUGAAAAUGGCGAUCCGCUCACACCAAGACGUGUAGACACAGGAAAUCCGCCAUUAGAUGAGCAGCUCCAAAUCCAUAAAUGGUCAGACCGUGUAGUUAGGAACAUAACCAGGCCAAGAUGGAUGAUCAGAGGUGGCUAUAUGGAGAGGACCCUGCAUAUGAUUGUUACUCCUAGAGUUGUUAAAGAGGUCCGUGAACACUUCAACUGCUCAAUACUAGAGGGCGCCGAAUUAGAAGAUCAAGGUGGAGACGGAACUGCCCUCACUCAUUGGGAGAAAAGAGUUUUUGAGAACGAAGCCAUGACCGGUACGCACACUCAAAACAGUGUGUUCAGUAGAAUUACAUUCGCCAUGAUGGAAGAUACGGGCUGGUACAGGGCGGACUACUCCCUCUCUUCCCCCCUUCAUUGGGGAAAGAACUUGGGUUGUGGCUUCGCAACGACUUCCUGCAAACAGUGGCUCAAUACGCAAAGGUUAAGCGUGGAAAAUUCCACUGACGACAACAAUGACACGGAAAUCAUGCGGAAAAACCCGGCGCCAUUUUGUGAGCGAAUCAAAGGCGAACCGUUGCGAACGGAAUGCUCGCCACGUCGUAAUGCUGUGGUACUCUGCAAUUUAGUCAGACACGACAAUAUACUUCCCAGACAGUACCAGCACUUCGAUACAUUACCAAAUGUGCCAUCGGGUGACGAAUCCCACUACGGAGGUUCUGUAUCAUUGGCAGACUACUGCCCAUAUCUUCAGGAGUUCACGUGGAAACACAAGAGCGUACUACUACGAGGCAGCCGAUGUUCCUAUGAGGAGAAUACACCUAAGACUGAUGUAAAUUUCGCGUUAGAAAACUACGGAACACACUCCAAGUGUUUCGACCAUAGCGAUCGGGUGUGGGAGCAGAAAUCUUGUAGACAGAUUAGAGAAUGGCAACACUGGGGCUCCGGUUGCUAUAAAUAUAAGUGUGAUAGUGGUCGACUGCAUAUUAUAGUUGGCAACUACACGUAUACCUGUUACUUUGCGGGACAAGUGUUGCAAGUGCGAAUAAUUCAAAAAGGCUGGCUUCACAAAGGCGGCGUCGUUUGUCCGCCUUGCAGGGAAAUGUGUGGAGAUGAGUUUGCUUCACGCAAUGAAUAUUGCAAAGGUGGUGAGGAGGCGCCACCGCCGAAUCUAUACCCCAACGACGUUCUCGCUUGCAACGCGCCCAAAAUAUACAGCGACCUCAUCAUUCUAUUAUCGACGUUUUGGAGUAUAUUUCACUAGUGCCACGCGCACAUAUGACCAGUUUGAUAGUCUUAAUUCAUGAAAAGAUUAAAAAUGACGGUAUCUGUUAAAACUUUUUACGUGAAUUUUAUAUGAAUUUGGUACGGUGCCGUUUUCAGCAUCGUAAUUAUAAAUCGUUGGAUGGCAAGAGUUGUUGUUAGAAAAUAAACAUUGUAUUAUUCUUUCAUACCUUCGUAGAUCCUAGCUGUAAAAAUAAACUAUACUCUGAUUUUUAAUUCCGUAGAAUUCUGACAGCUAUCAUUUUUUGACAUGUCAGCGAUGACAAACCUUUUGGCUAGGCAAAUUUUUUGAUUUAAAUACGAGUCUUAAAGGAAAAAAAAAUACGAGUCUGAGUCUAUACAUACAUUUUAUUUGUUAGUGAAUGUAUCUAUGUAGUGGUUUUACGGGAAGACUAGAUCGCAUAUUUGCCAAUAUUAACUGUGGAUUUUUUUGAAGUUAUACUUCUUUUGGCGCGUUAGGGAAAAAUUAUAGUAAAUUUUUACGAUGCGCGCACACCGUCACAAAAAACCGACACCCUGAAUUUAUCUAUUAGCUUUUAG